AUGAAGAAUGGUUACUUUGUUACACUUAUAAAGAACAUUAACCUCGAAUACUUACUAGAAUUGAUAGCAGACGGAAACGAGUCUGAGAUAGAGGGUUUCGAAGAUGAGGAAUGUCAUGAAGAGGAAGGCAUUGAGGCUGUACCAGAUCGGGUGGCGGGUCAGUCGUAUUCGGACGAUGAUAUUUCUAACAAUGAGCAAGAAGGAGAAACCACUAACAUUCAGGUACCAAAAAUAAGUCCUAGUCCGAAUACAGUCUGCGCUGGAUCUCAACGUGGUCUUUCUGUAAGUCGCCGGCAUCAUCUACCUGAUCGUUCAUCAAACGUACCAAGCACAUCUCAUGGUAAUUCUCGGUACCGCACAAGGGACUGCAUGAAUAGAAAUGAUCAGCUGCCUGAUUUAUCUGGUAAUCCGCCACCUAGCGUUCGUGCUCAGUCCGAGGCAGCUCAACGCAACAGGGAUCAGUCUAGGCGAAGGCUAUGGAAAUCUAUUCCAUUUGACCGAAAAGAACAUAAUUUUCCGCCACGGGAACAACAAACAAUUAGAACACCUCUCGAAUACUUCGAGGACUAUUUUGACGAUGCAUUUUAUGAGAAAGCUGCUUACUGCAUAAAUAAUUACUACUUGAGGCAAACUGGAAGGGUUCUUCAUACUAAUCCUGUAGAAAUGAAGAAGUUCAUUGGUGUGCAUUUUAUAAUGGGGUGCAUAACUUAUCCAUGA